CAGAGAGAAGACAGAGAGCAACAAAAUGGAGGACGAGAAGAGAUAUGACCCCGGAGACUCCACUCUCAAAUUUGUCAACAGACAGGAUGAUUUAGAUCCCCUGGAUGAUGACCUUGUGUCUCUGAGGGCGGAGAUGUCCUGUGGUCAUGCAGUCACCCCACAGUCCCUGACCGGAUGGUGCCGCAGCCUACUGGACCAGGGUCAAUGCAAGUUCAUGUGUCCUGCACUUAAGAAUGGCACUUUGCAAAAGUGUGGCGCUGAGUGGUCUUACCAGGAGGUACGUAGACUGGCUGCGCUCACCACCGAAGAGAUGCAGCACUUUGAGAAAACCAUGGCCGCCUUGGCUGCUGCCAUUUACUGCGAAUACAAAUCAUGCCCUGUCUGCAGAACCUUUGUACAGAGACAGGCCCUCUCCAACCUCAGUGUCCUCUGCACAGUGUGCACUGCAGACAAAGGUCAGAGGUAUGAGUUCUGCUGGCAGUGCCUGAAGCAGUGGAAAGGUCCCGCGCCACGCUCUGACCGCUGUAACAACGAUGGCUGUAUCAACCAGGACCUGGAACUGCUGAAGAACUGCAAAACCACCACUCUGCCCCAGGUACAGGGGGUCACCGACUGCCCUUCCAUUCGCGCCUGUCCCACCUGUGGCCAACGGGUGGAACAUGACAAGACUGGUUGUAAGAAUAUUCUAUGUCCAAGGUGCAAUAAAGAGUUCUGCUUUGUGUGCCUUAAGCUCACGUCUGAGUGCUUGAAGACCAGCUCAUAUUUCAUAGCCUGCUCUGCUGGAGUGGCCCCUAGGCAGACCACUAUACCCACAUGGAAUAGAAACUAA